UAAAUAGCCAGUUAUGCGCCUCCGCGAACUGAAAGAGAAAAACUGAAGGAUUGUUAUAUCGCAUGUUAUCUUAAUUGUUAGUGUGCCUGGGUAAGACAUUUCUGCCCAAAAUAUAUAUUCUGAGUAUGAUAUAGAGUGAUUGGGUAAGACAUUUCUGCCCAAAAUAUAUAUUCUGAGUAUGAUAUAGAGUGAUUGGGUAAGACAUUUCUGCCCAAAAUAUAUAUUCUGAGUAUGAUAUAGAGUUAUAGAGUAUAUGUUUUGGUUUUUUUACCCGACCCUGGCAUACCAACAAUUGAGAUAACAUCUAGGUUUGACGAUCUUUUAAGUAAUUAUCAUACAUCCAUUCUUGCACAAAAGUAUUGUUGUACCUGGAUGUUAUCUCAGUGUUGGCAUGCAUAAGUUGGGUAAGACAUAUCUGAUCAAAAAUAUUUUCUGAGAUGAGAUGGAAUAUAUAUAUUUUGGUGUUUUACCUAGUUCAGGCAUGCCAACUAUUGAGAUGACAUCUAGGUUUGUCGAUACAUUUAUUAUGAGCACUGUGGCAGCAUUAAAUAGAAGUUUACGUGCUUGUCACAAAUAGUGUCCUUACUCUGAACAGUAAAGGCUCAACAUGUCGAGUGCCUUGGCGAAUGGGCUGGCUGGAGCUGGUGGAGGCAUAAUUGCACAAAUAAUUACUUACCCCCUCCAAACGGUGAAUACCCGGCAGCAAACGGAGCGGGUCGCAAAAAAGGGCCGGGAUUCACGAGGCAGUGCCCUUUUUCAAAUUUUGCAGGUUGUUAGAAGCGAAGGUUUGUUGGGGCUUUACAGCGGCCUGAAGCCUUCGCUGCUUGGAACCACUGUGUCACAGGGUGUGUACUAUUAUUUUUACCAGGUUUUCAAGAACAAGGCUGAGGCAAUAGCAUCUGCAAAUAAGAAAAAAGGUCGAGGGGAUGGCUCUGUUGGAGUGUUCUCUUGGCUUGUCGUGGCAGCUCUUGCUGGAUCACUAAACGUGUUGCUGACAAAUCCUAUAUGGAUUCUUGUUACUCGUAUGCAGACUCAUACUCAAGCAGAAAGGAAGAUUGUGGAGGCAAAAAAGCAAACCCUUUUAAAGGAAGCUUCUGAAAAUGUCUCCGCUGCUGCUUCCUUGGAGGCAAAACUGGCCGAGCUUGAUUCAUCCAAACCUCAUCCCUAUGGAACAUUGCAAGCUGCACGUGAGAUUUAUGAUGAAUCCGGAGUUAUUGGAUUUUGGAAAGGAGUCAUACCAGCAUUGAUCAUGGUGUCUAAUCCCUCGAUUCAGUUCAUGAUUUAUGAGAGUUUGUCAAAGCAGUUAAGGACUAAACGCGCUGCAAAGAAGAAAUAUGUACAAAAUAUAACUGCUUGGGAGGUUUUUGUAAUCGGAGCCUUUGCUAAACUUGGAGCAACUGUUUCGACAUAUCCAUUGUUGGUUGUGAAGUCUAGGCUUCAAGCCAAGCAGGAGAUUGGUGGAAAUAUCUCGUUAAGAUAUUCAGGUACAGCAGAUGCUGUUAUUAAGAUGAUUCGUCAUGAAGGAUUCAGAAGCUUCUAUCAGGGAAUGCGCACAAAGAUAGUACAGAGCGUCUUUGCAGCCUCUGUACUUUUCAUGGUGAAGGAAGAGCUUGUUAAAUUGUAUGCAGUUCUGGCUAACAGAAGCAAGGUUAAUGUUUAGUUUGCGGUGAAUAGAUGUCUGUAAAUCUCUUUGCUGCAUAAUUGUAAAUGAUUGUACUGUAUUCAAGUUGCAAAGGUUUCUUUCUUUUUCUCUUAA